UGCAGGCUAAUCCUAACAGCCAGCUUCUGCAGGUGUAACACUGAUCCGUCUAUGAAGAACUGGGUUUAAUCUAGGCAAGCUGUUUUGUGACUUGAGAGUAAACUGGAUAAUGUGUUACGUUGUACAAUGAGCACACAUUUAUCUUGGACACACAAUUUCACAUAUGACUUCAGCGAAUACAGAAUAGAUCAGCUAUUUUGAAGCGUCUUUGGAUUUUUUUUAAAAAAAAGUGGAUCUCAUUACUUCAUAAUCAUGAGAAAUAUUUGGUUGUCGUCCCGGAGUGUGAUUUUGGAAUACUGGAAAGCACUUAUUUUGUGCCUUUUUUGGAUUCAGUAUUCUCGAGGGAUGCCACAUGUCAUACGUAUAGGAGGGAUAUUUGAACAAACGGAGGGUUCUCCUGGCCCAGUUGUAAGCGCAGAGGAACAAGCCUUUAAAUUUGCUGUUAAUAAUAUUAACAGAAAUAGGACAUUGUUACCCAAUACCACCUUAACAUAUGACAUUCAAAGGAUAAAUAUCUAUGAUAGUUUUGAAGCCUCAAGAAAAGCCUGCGAUCAGCUGUCUUUAGGCGUAGUUGCAAUAUUUGGCCCAUCACAUAGUUCUUCGUCAAAUGCUGUUCAGUCCAUUUGUAACGCCCUGGAAGUGCCACAUAUACAAGUAAGAUGGAAGCACCACCCAAUGGACAACAGGGACACAUUCUAUGCCAACUUGUACCCUGACUAUUCCUCCCUUAGUUAUGCCAUUCUGGACCUUGUACAGUUUCUGAAGUGGAAGACUGCGACCGUUGUAUACGAUGAUAGCACAGGUCUUAUUAGACUACAGGAACUGAUAAUGGCCCCCUCCAGGUACAACAUCAGGUUGAAAAUCCGGCAGCUGCCUCUAGAUACAGAUGAUACUAGGCCACUGCUUAAAGAGAUGAAGAGAGGAAGAGAGUUUCGGAUCAUCUUUGACUGUAGCCAUACUAUGGCGGCUCAGAUUCUGAAGCAGGCACUGGCAAUGGGUAUGAUGACAGAAUACUACCACUACAUCUUUACAACUCUGGACCUUUUUGCACUUGAUUUAGAGCCGUAUCGGUACUGUGGGGUUAAUAUGACUGGCUUCCGGAUUUUGAAUACUGACAACCCCCAGGUGGCCUCCAUUGUAGAAAAAUGGUCAAUGGAACGACUUCAAGCUGCCCCAAAGCCAGAAUCAGGACUCCUGGAUGGAAUUAUGACGACAGAUGCUGCUCUGACAUAUGAUGCAGUUCAUAUUGUGUCAGUGUCCUAUCAGCGAGCCCCUCAGAUGACUGUCAACUCUUUACAGUGCCACCGCCACAAACCUUGGAGGUUCGGAGGGCGUUUCAUGAAUUUCAUAAAAGAGUCCCACUGGGAAGGAUUAACGGGGAGGCUGGUGUUUAACAAAACUAGUGGCCUACGGACAGAUUUUGAUCUUGAUAUCAUCAGUCUGAAGGAGGAUGGUCUUGAAAAGGUUGGCAAGUGGAGUCCCUCAGGUGGCCUGAAUAUUACUGAGGUCCCCAGACCGAGAGGGGUAAACAUCACAGACUCCCUUUCAAACCGCUCGCUAGUGAUCACUACAAUUCUGGAGGAGCCAUAUGUCAUGUUUAAGAAGUCUGACAAGGCGCUCGCUGGUAAUGACCGAUUUGAGGGGUUUUGUAUUGACCUUCUUAAAGAACUGGCAAACAUCCUAGGAUUUAUGUACGAGAUUCGACUGGUGCCUGAUGGAAAAUAUGGAUCACAGGAUGAGAAGGGACAAUGGAAUGGGAUGGUGAAAGAACUAAUGGACCAUAAAGCUGACCUUGCAGUUGCUCCGCUGACUAUUUCUUAUGUACGAGAGAAAGUAAUUGACUUUUCCAAGCCCUUCAUGACUUUGGGAAUAAGCAUUUUGUACCGGAAACCCAACGGAACCAACAAUGGUGUUUUCUCCUUUCUGAAUCCCCUCUCUCCAGAUAUCUGGAUGUAUAUCCUUUUAGCGUAUCUGGGAGUCAGCUGUGUUCUCUUUGUAAUAGCCAGGUUCAGUCCUUAUGAAUGGUAUGACGCCCAUCCUUGCAACCCGGGUUCUGAUAUCGUAGAGAACAACUUCACACUGUUGAACAGUUUUUGGUUUGGUGUUGGAUCGCUGAUGCAGCAAGGCUCUGAGCUGAUGCCAAAGGCCCUCUCUACAAGAAUUAUUGGUGGGAUCUGGUGGUUUUUCACUCUUAUCAUUAUAUCAUCCUAUACUGCCAACCUAGCAGCUUUCCUCACAGUGGAGCGAAUGGAAUCCCCUGUUGAGACAGCAGAUGAUCUGGCCAAACAAACUAAGAUUGAGUAUGGUGUAGUGAAAGAUGGAGCCACCAUGACUUUCUUUAAGAAAUCAAAAAUUUCCACGUUUGAAAAGAUGUGGGCAUUUAUGAGCAGCAAGCAAAACACAGCUCUUGUCAAAAAUAAUGAGGAAGGUAUUCAGAGAGUACUGAAAGCAGAUUACGCUUUGUUAAUGGAAUCAACGACUAUUGAAUAUGUCACUCAAAGGAACUGCAAUCUGACCCAAAUCGGAGGCUUGAUAGAUACCAAGGGCUAUGGAAUUGGUACUCCCAUGGGUUCUCCAUACAGGGACAAAAUUUCCAUUGCGAUUCUGCAUCUGCUAGAAGAUGGCAAGUUGCAUGUGCUGAAGGAAAAGUGGUGGAGAGGCAAUGGCUGCCCUGAUGAUGACACAAAGGAAAUCAGAGCCCUUGGCAUACAAAACAUUGGAGGGAUCUUUAUCGUGCUUGCAGCAGGACUGGUACUCUCCGUGUUCGUGGCAAUCGGGGAGUUUAUUUACAAGCUGAGGAAAACGGCCGAACGUGAGCAGAGAUCCUUUUGCAGCGCCAUGGCCAAUGAAAUCAGACUGUCUUUUACCUGUGAGCGCCGUGUAAAACACAAACCUCAGCCCCCAGUCAUGGUGAAGACGGAUGCUGUAAUCAACAUGCACACGUUCAAUGACAGAAGGCUACCGGGAAAAGACAACAUGACUUGUAACACUGGAAUGACGCCUGUAUUCCCAUAACAUGACUCUGAAUCAAGAUCAAUACUUAGGACUGUGCGUGGUGGAAAAAAAACAAACUGGGGCUGUUUCAGAGACAAAGCAAUUGACCAGAACCAAUUAGUUUUCAGUUAUUCGCAGUGGUACUGUAUUACAUAAAAAGUGACAACAGUAGCAACAAGAAACGACAACAACAGUGCAGUUCAGAGAGCAGUGAGAAGGGAGGAAACCGCAGUUUCUGAAACACAAUUCAGCCAACUUGUCAGUGUCCAAACAAUCUGUUUCCAAGUCUGAUGUUUACGUGCAAAAAUACAAACACAUUAAGUGGGAAAUGAAGAAACACCACAGAGGAAAAAAAGACCCCAAACUAAGGAAAAUGUGGAAUAUAUAUUAAAAAAGCUUCUUUAAGCAUGGCAAUAAAAGAACUACAGACAGAAGGUCAAAGGGUAUGAAAGUGUGGAACCAGAGAAGUCACACAUAGCACAUUUAAUAUUUCAGUGAGAGCUGCAGAAAUUCUUUGACACUCAAAGUUGACCUGUUACCUCAAUGCUGUGAAGACUUCCUGUUCAGGAAUACCUGACUUGACCAGUUUUAGUCUGAAAAAGAGGAAGAAAUUCUGGAGGUUAUAGACAAGUGGAAAUAAUGCGCGGCGGGACCAUGACAAACAGACUUCUUUCACACAGAUGCAUUUGACCGCAAUCUGCAGUCUGAGUAAAUUCUGGAGUUUAUGUUUUUUUGACAAAAUGAAUGCACAAAUCAGACAGGGUUGACAUAAUUCAAGCCAGUGCUGUGUGCUGAGGUUCAUCUGUUGGAAGUAACUUUUUUCCCAGCCCUAAACAGAACUACAAAUAAUGUUUUCUUACUUUGUCUUAUUUUUUUAUAAUUAUGGGAAGAAAUAAAGAUAAAAAAUCAACAUGCAGUUCAAUUGCUCAAUUAAAUCAUUUCCUAUCAGAUGUUUCAUACGUAUUAGUAAAUUGCAGUACAAGGUGACUCAACAAUUACCAAAGAUCUGUCUGCAAAAUAGAAGUAGUCUUCAAAGGUCAAUUCAUGUUCUAUUCUUUAUAGGUGCAAAAACAUUUGGAAUUUGACCUGCAUUCUUGGAGCAUUCUAAUCAUGACUUAUACUGGUUGUCAAAACUGAUUAGAAUUCUGGCUUCAUAGCCAAUGAAUUUUAAUCACAUGUGGUUUUCUUUUUAAGUAGUCUGCAGUAGAAUUUUAACAUAUUUGAUUCUUAAAAUGGCCUCAUUGUAAAUUCAUAAAAGGGUUAAUGUUAUUAAUAAAAUAGUAGCUGUGGUUUAUAUUCUACUGGGGAACAUUUAAAUACUGCAUUUGACUUUUUUACAUUAUUCAUAUUCUUCUAGUUACUUAAGUAAUGAUAUUUUAGUCCAUAGUGUGAUCUUUCCAGUCAACACUGCUAAGAAUUUUUGUAGUGUAGUAAUGUUCUGUCAGGUCAUUCACUUCUUAAAGUACCAACUGAGCUGCCUCUAAAAGCACAAAAGGUACAUCUCUGAUGUGUGUCAUGUUUUGUUCAAACAAGAGUGAUUUGUUUCAAAAGGUUAACAAGACAAGCAGUGGCUGAGUAAAUCAGUAUCAAGUUUUAUCGAGUUGCCAUCAUGUCUCAAGUCUCAUGUUCAUGCUUUAUACUUCAAGAACAAAAGUCGUAUUCAACAGAAUGUUUAACUGAAUGUACAGUAUGUGUUAGUCUGUCAGGGACUCUACUGUAUUUUGAUCAUUGGGUGAUUUCAUUUUUGUUCCACAACAGCUAUAAUUUCAGUCCUUAAAGGGCAAACAUGAUUAAAGGUUCAUAGCUCCCAUACCCUCCUUUUCACCUUACUAAUUACUUGUAUCAUUGAAGAGAUUUGACCUUGUAUUGGAUUUUAAUAUAUUGCCUCAGUGGCUGAUACUGAACAUGUGGCCCUGUUAUACAAGCAUUCCGUGUGGAAUCCGGUUAGUGUUUUUGACUAUUAAUUUUCAAAUUCUGUUAUCAGGUUGCAAGUCAUUUCUUCUUGCAAACCAUGGACUAGGAGUAUUACUGUAACUGGUAUCCGUUCUUCAGGAGAUGUUUUUCAAGUAUUUGAGCAGAAAAGGAAAACUAUACAGUACAGACACAGAUCUAUUGUUAAGAGUAUUAAUUUGACAACUGGUAUAACUCAUGAUACAAUACUUUUUAAGAAAUCUUCAAGCAGCUCAGAUAUUCAGUCCUCUCAAAAAUGUGUGUGUAAUAUUAGAACAUAGAGCAUUGGAAGUUAAAAAAAUCAAUAUAAACAUCUGUGUUUUUUGUCCACUAACAAUCCAUAAAUUUGACAUAGUAUCAUUCAACAGUGUAGGCUGUAUCUAUUUGUGAUUUACUAUUGUUUUUAAGCUUUAAUUGGAAGUCCAGUGAAUACUUUUAUUGAGGACAUUUUUUAAGAUGCUUGUCUCACGUUGUGUUUCCACAAUAUUUUACAUUCAUUACCUCAGUAAGGAAUGGAUUUAUGGAACUACCUGCCACUUUUUCUCUUUGUACUGAUCUAUAGCUUUUUAAACUUAUUAAAGAUGUCUCCUGUUUUUUAACGUGUUUUUUAUUUUGUUUUUAAUCAAGUUAGUAUUCAAGUUACUUUGGGUCUUCCUAAAAUGCAGUUUUAAUUUCAGUGUAUUCUUUAUUUAUCUUUUCAUAUCAACCAUCCAAUUUUUACAUUUUGUAAAGCAUUUUAGCCCUCUGUCAAAAGUGCAACUUAAAAAAAGCAAACACAUAACAUAUGUUCAUGAAACUAUAUUCUAUAUGUCAUAGUUUCAAAUUGCACAUUAUAUUUAUGACUUUCCACAUAUUUCUGAAAACCAGAUUCAUUAUUGUUUUGGAUCAUAACUCUGGUCACAUCAUGAUAACCUAGAUAUACUGUAAUAAGUUUACAUCAACUGUCAAUGGUCAAAGCUGAGAUCUUUAUUCACCCAGCAUAACAAAAUUAUAUAUAAAUAAAAUUAGAUAUAAUUAUCCUAUGAAGACACCCUGCAACUAUCAGAACUGUAUUUUUUCACAUGCAGUUUAGCUUGUUUUUAUAUCUUUUUAUUUGCCUUUUGUAAUAAUUGUAAUAGUUGGUAAUACUUCAUAUAUAACAUUCUAAUUAUAUAUUAGUGUGGAACAUUUAUUUUAAUGUCUACAGAUUAUUUACAUUAAACCAUGUAACAUUGAAAAGACUAGACAAUCUUACCCACUUAGUACCUGGCCACCUUAAGGAAACUUCGCAGAAUGGAAAGUUACUUACAGUACAGUAGCUGUAUACUCAUGGCGUGCAUUCAGUUUUUGUCAGUUUGGAAUGAUCCCUCUUCAAAGCACCUUUCCUUAACUACACACUGUCAGCCAACAAUGCAUUUCACAGUAAGGUCAAGAUAACUUACAGACUGACCAGUACCUGACAAAGUAAUAGGAUUUCCAAAACAGUGGUACGCAACUGGCAAGGCAUGUUGCUUCUUCAAUCAGUGAUACCUCUCCCAUAAGGCAUUGUGGAGCUUCACAUGUGUCAAAAGAAGGUGUUUGUCAACUAUCCAGAGCAUUAGCCUUUGCUGUGAGCCAAGAGAUUAAAGCCAAUUUGCCAAUUCCCCAAAAAUGGUAGGGUCUAAAAUGAAGAAUUCACACAAACUGUUUGAAAAAACAAUGUGAACUUUUACAGUAGUGUACAGUAGCUGAAACAGGUAAGUGUUAUUGACCAAUAAUAGCAAGGCACUUGGAAGCCAUGGUGUUACAACUUAGAGUAACACCACUUUAACUUAACUGUAAACUCAUUUUACUUACCUCUCUUUAUUUUCUUUGUGUCUCUUGUUCUGCUGCCUAUGUCAUACAGUAUGUGCAGUUCUUUUGUUUCUCUUUUGAUUUAGCAACAAAAAAAAUGUGGCAAAAAGAUAAUACCUUGCUCAUUUGUGUCAAUUGAUUAUGUAAAAUCACAAAAUACCCCUUGAUUUGCAUUCUUUGAAAUUCAACCCCAUGUUGUAAAUAAGGACUGAGAAAAAGAUGUUGAGCUCUGUGUAUUGAACGAUUCCUGUACUGUUUUGUAGAAUUCCCAAAACAGCAUUGUACAUGUAUCUCAUUUUAGAUCCCACUAAAGUACUUCAACCAAUGACAAGUUUUCUGUAAUCAAAAAUUUAAUAAGCAUGGAAUGGAUGGAAAGUUGCCUUGAAACUGGUAAAUGUGGGUAUGCCAAGUAUGACAGAGACUGGGGAGAAAUUUUUAGCAUAUUUUUCUGAGAUGCUAAAAGUUCGAGAAUAAAGCUGUCUUUUUAGUAGGGAGCCUCUAAAGGCAGCAUACCUCUAUGAGGUUUGGGUUUAAGACAGCUUCGAAAAUUAUUUUUCAUAUUCUGUAUAAUUACUGUACAUGUACUGUACUUUAUAUUCAUGCGUCUGAAUGUCAGUCCGGGUUCAGAAGAAUCCUAUUGUAUAAAUGUUCUAAAAGGUUCAUGUAAUUAAAAAGCCCUCGUAUAAAAAACAUUGAUAUUUUGUUAUAUAAUACUUUUUUUUUUUCCACUGGUUAAACAUAAUUUCUGUAAUUACAAGUGUUAUUAGCAUUGACCCUUAUUAUUGUGCUACCUGGGUACAGUUAAGACUUAAAAGAACAACUCUCUUUUUGUAAAUGCAAAUAUAUCACGUACAAUAAUCUCUAAAUAGGUAUUCAUACAUUGAACUUGUUAAGUUGACACUUGCUAAGAAAGAUUUCUGAAAGAAAGCAUUGAAUUCAGUUGCUAUAAUGCAUGAAUCUUCUUUCCCCCCUAAUAUUUCCCAUCUGCAUAUCCUUUAAAUAGAUUAAGUAGGUUGUUAUCAAGUCUUGGAAUCAUUAAAAAUGCUGUCUCAAAAACAUAUAUUACAUAUAUUAAUACACAAAUGUAUACAUUAUAUCUAUUCAGUAUAUGUAAUAUUUUAAGAAAAUAAAAUAUAAGGGUACUGGUAAAAGGAAAGAGAGCUGUUUGAAAGGUCAAUAUUUGCUCUCUGGUUAUGAUUUCUUUGUUAUUGUGUUUUUUCUUAAAAAAAAUGAUAAUUUAUUUAAAUCACUUGAUGACAACUUACUCCUUCACCUGUUUCUUUAAAUAUAUACCUAAUGUUUUCUCCUUAUGUACAUUUCUUGACAAAACAAAAAGAGGUGAAAUGGAUUCUGAAAAGUUUUACCUCUUGGGCAAAAGCAGUAAUGCAAAAUUUUAACUUAAGCAACUUCUGUGUUUGCGUAAACCAACAAAACAUUUUUUUGGUUUCAACUUUCCUUAAUGAAGUGUUUGUUUUAGAUCCCCUCCAGGACCACAAAAAAUGUUGCUGACUAAAGAUAAAAACCUGUUUUAAUUUAGAAAACUUGAUAUAUGAAAAUACAAUAAAAGUUAGAACAAAAUAAAUUACCC